AAAACAAACCCAUCCAGAAUAUGCUUCAUACCUCUAUUUGAUGGCGCCUAUAAGUUUGGCCAUUUUAAACCCAGUAUCUUUUGUAUUAAUGGAAAUCAGUAAAAAACAAAGUGUACCAGGGGACGAAGAAGAAGCUCUGCUUGUUGAGGGGAAUCCCAGCAUAAACAAUGGAGUUUUCUUACACAAAAAGCGGUUCAAGAUGGUGAUUGUCAUAGUGAAAAAUAUAUUUUUUAAUCCCAUUAUUCUCAUGACUAUUCAGGGCAUUGUGGGAAAUUAUAUGUUUAAGCAUGUUGUACCACUGUAUCUAGCUGGAGUCCUUAAUGUGUUAGGCUCUGCGUUCUCAGCUAGCGCCCUCUUUCUUCUAGGACUCAGAAUGGUCGGAAAAAUCCAUAAAUUGACUGGAGCUACUUUAGUCGUUCCCGGUAUAUUGAUCAUGGUUAAAUUAAUCGCCUUGCCAUUGAUUACCAGAGAAGUUAUUAGUGUUUUACAUGCGGGAUAUAACAGUUCAGAAAUUUUAGAUUUAAGUACUUACGGGUUCUUUUAUGGUACCUUUCCUUCAGCCCCUGGCGUCUUUGUUUUCGCCACCCAGUAUAUGGUGGACGUCGAUUUGAUCGCUAGUGCCAUGGUCGCGUGCACUUUCCUUAGCGCACCUCUGAUGUUUGUCUCGGCAAAAAUGAUCACAAUAACCAACUGCGACCCCUCGGAAUAUAUAAAGCAACUGAAUCAGUUCACUUUUGACGUCAGCAUAGUGGGAAUAAUCGCCUGUUUUUGGAUCGUUUUGGUUUUCAUUUUGACCAAAAAAAUCUCGAAGUUACCCCACAAAAUUACCGCUUGCUUGAUCAUAUCUCAUUUUAUCAGUUGUUUAGGCGCUGUAUUAUGGUACGCCAUGCAACAAGACGAGAAUAGUCGCAGUUAUCUACAGUUUUCUCUAUUUACUAUUGGCGUUUAUAGUUCCAGAAUAUGGACUGGAAUUUUAUCGAUAACUCUCUUGUUUUUACAGUGUCGAAGUUUGUGUUUCGUCUUGAAACUUCAACCGAUAUUUUUCUCUAUUGGAUGGGGAGUGUCCGUAUUGAUUUCUGUAGGUCUGUUGUUGUUGGAUAAAUCAAAGGACUCGUUUGACAAAAAAAAUCCUAAUUUUACAUAUGGCGCCCCUCAAGCUGUAGUGGCGGUGUCUCUUCUGGUUUUAUGCUUUAUUGUUACAGCAGGCUGUUUGGUACUUCACCAACGAUACAGAAGGAGAUUUAGUUAUUACAUGGAUCUGAGUAAUGAAAGAGGCGUACAAAAUCCUCUACAAAUUGAGGAGGAGAGUUCUCUUCAAGAAGCAUCACAGACAUCUUCAGUUUCUGAGGACGUUUCCCAGAACAUUUCUAAAUCGAAGUGUUGCGGGUUGCCUACAAUUAAGGAAGGUUGCUGCGAGGAUAAAGAAAUUACCAGUCCAGUGGUUGAUAUUGAAGAUUUGGGAGUGGAUAAAGCCAGUAGUAUAAUUCACAGAAAACCAGUUACAGAAAAUCAAAACGGUAAUGUAGAGGGUGGUUCUGUACCAUCCAGUGAAAGUUGUUCUACAAAGUAUGGUUGUGAAGGACCUCAAAAGGAAAGUUGCAGAGCUGUGGUUGGUCAGUACCAACAACCAAUCGACGAAGAUCUAGAGCCAAUUGAAGAAGAGCCAGAGUCACACGAUCCCCAAAUUUUGAGACACACAGUGUUGCUCAUACUGUUGCUCUGUAGUAUGUUUGUUGGUCUGGCCCUUUCCAUAUGGACGUUAGUGAUGGAACAGAUCUCUGGAAUAUAUAUUGAGCUGUCCUUCCUGGAUGCCAUCCUGAAUUUUGGCCAAAGCGUCAUUGUUUUUAUAAUUUUUGGACUCGAUGUUAAAGAAGUAGCACUUCCUAUUAUAAAGUAUUGGAGAAAAAUAUGGUACGGCGCAAAUACACUCAGCCUGCCAGCUUGGGAUGAACUGGGAUCUGAUACUAAACAUAUCUGUGAUCAAUUCAUCUCGCAUCACUUGCAGAACUGUAAAUCUGCCAUUGCUACUGAUAGAAGAUGGCGUCUCACAGCCUACCAUGACGUCUUUACCGGCAGUCAAUUCAUCGACUGGCUGAUCGAAGUAGGCCUGGCUAUGGACAGGGUCCAGGCAGUGAAUUACGGGCGUCACUUGAUUGAAGGCAAAGUAUUGAAACAUAUAAACGGAGUGUAUCAUUUCUAUGACAGGAAUUUACUCUAUACUUUUGACUAAAAGAAAAAAAUUAGAUAGGUUUUUUUAAUUGAAUUGACAUCGAAUUUUUUUAGUUAUGUAUAUAUAAAAGGAGUGGCAUUAUAUAUUAUAUAUUUUUAGAUGAAAUGUUUACUACAGCGUUGUGAUAUAUUUUUAAACGUUAUGUGAUUGUUUUUAGGUACCUAAAUAUCUAAAAAAAAAAUAGUAUAGAUAAGUUUUUUGUUAGGUUAUGUAUUAUUAAGGAGAAAGUAUUUAAAAUAAUCAGUUUUAUUUUUAAAAAUGAGGAAUAUUAAGUGGAUGUGCUUGUUUUUAAUUGUGCUUGAAUGUAAUUUAAGGCUUAUCCUACAUAAAUCCAAAGAUAUAAUAUUAUAAACAGGCAGAUACAAAUUUUUAAGAUAUAUAAUAGAUGUGAGUGAUAAUUGUUAAUAUUGUUAUUGAAAAUGUAAAAAAACAUAAUUGUUGAAGGAAGUCUGAUUGGAGACAAUAUUGUGAAUAAAAUUUAAAAAAUC